AUGGUACAAGCGAACGUAUAUUUUACAUUGUUUCUUGAGUUGGUUGCUACUUUAGAGGAUAUCGAUGUUGUCGUACUUUUUGUCAAAGACGAUGUACAGCAGUGGUAUGUUAUGGACAACACUAAGCAAAACCACUCAGACGACGAGGACACAUUGCUUUUGCACGAGCCACCAGUACAUUCAGGUGCCAAGUCUAGUUCUGUACCACAGAUAAGUGAUCAAACUUUUGAACUUUUUACAUCCUAUUUUGAUAGUCAGAUUUCUUCUCUGAAGAACGAGUUAGCCUCCGGGAACGACUCCCUAGCUAAGAAGCUCAAGAAAGAGGUGUCCGUUAAGCUUAAGGGGGAAGGGAAUCAGAUUCAAUACUCCUUCAACUCAGAUAUAGUUUCCGAAUUGCAGAAACUUCAGAAGCGUACAUCCGCGGAAGAUUCUGUUAGCACCAAUUUGAUAUCGGGCCUUAUUCUUAAAAUCAACAGGAGGAAUAAAUUGAUUCGAAUUGCCGACAAGUCGCCAGCAGGCUGGUCCACAGUCAGAGAAUACGAAAGUGAUGACCUGGCAUCAGAUUCAGAAGAUGAAAAACGUUUACGGCAAGCAGAAAGCAGGGCCCUCAAGACAAUCAAAGAAAAGAAAACCCGUGGAAAACCUUACUCAAAACCGUCCGCCACCGUUUCUAGACCUGCCAACUCUACUGAUACUAGUAACAGUUACUAUCAGCCUUACAACGCUACACAGCAGCCCUUUCCGAGGUUCCGUCGCCGUGAGGCGACCCCAUACGACACCUGUUACGAGUGUCACCAAACUGGCCAAAAGCAACAAACAAACCAACCUUUGGAAACUUGUCAAAGUGAAAAGAUACAAGAUGAUACUGGUCGUUGGUCUAAGAAUAAAAUACCACAGAAUGAAGCUCUUAGCAAUCUUGCAAAAUGUCUUCCAGAUUAUUGUUUAAAUUCUAGAGCUGAUAAUACUAGAAAGAAAUACAGUUUAAGAGCAGGUGGAGCAACAGCUGCGGCUGCUGUUGUUAUUCAAGAGAGAAUAUUUAAGAAACACGGUAGAUGGUCUUCAGAUACAGCAAAAGACGGAUAUGUGCGUGAAAAUAUUUCUGAAAAAAUACUCGCUACUAAGAAUCUUGGCUUGUAA